GCAAACAGCUGAAAUCACCGGCUGCAUUUUAAGCUCGUCUACAGCAGCAACCUGCAGACACCUAGUUCAGAGAGAUUACUAAAUUCCCUCCUUCCCAUUAAUAAAAAGGACCAGAAUAUCAGUCUACAAAAGACACUGCGUUGCUGCGAACCAGCUCUCGCUUGCGCGAUCAGGAAAAAGGGCGGCAAGGCUGGAGCCUCGGGACCGGAGAAAGGCAGCCUGCUUGUGACGUCAAAUCAGCGGACUCUUAUCUUGGCUUUAGGCCGGUUCCGGUUCCCCGGCUUUCCGGGCGCGAGCGUGUGCGAGCGCGGCAGCGUACUGCGCGUGCUCCGCAGAGGGACACGGGAAGGUUGGGUCCGGCUCUGGAGGAGAUGCGUGAUUGGCUGACGCUGUGCUCGGGGGUUCCCUGGCCCUUUCGGCAGGGAUCUUCUUUGUGAAGCUUUCAUUCAAUGGUGUACCACAAAAGAUUGAAGAUCAUUUCUUUAAAAAGGAUAAAACCACUGGAAUCCAGGAAUGUAGUAGAUUUUGGUCCCCAAAGGAAAAAGGCACUGUGAAUAGAAGGACUUGUACGUAGUCUGAGGCAGCAUUGGACCUCCUGGGGAUAAGAAAUUGAACAAAGAUGCUAUUUCCCUUUACUGAAGGCAUUUGACAUUGUGCAGCAAAGAAAUGGUUAUGGAGAAGCCCAGUCCGCUGCUUGUAGGGCGGGAGUUUGUGAGGCAAUAUUAUACUUUGCUGAAUAAAGCUCCGGAAUAUUUACACAGGUUUUAUGGCAGGAAUUCUUCCUAUGUUCAUGGUGGAGUAGAUGCUAGUGGAAAGCCCCAGGAAGCUGUUUAUGGCCAAAAUGAUAUACACCACAAAGUAUUAUCUCUGAACUUCAGUGAAUGUCAUACUAAAAUUCGUCAUGUGGAUGCUCAUGCAACCUUGAGUGAUGGAGUAGUUGUCCAGGUCAUGGGUUUGCUGUCUAACAGUGGACAACCAGAAAGAAAGUUUAUGCAAACCUUUGUUCUGGCUCCUGAAGGAUCUGUUCCAAAUAAAUUUUAUGUUCACAAUGAUAUGUUUCGUUAUGAAGAUGAAGUGUUUGGUGAUUCUGAGCCUGAACUUGAUGAAGAAUCAGAAGAUGAAGUAGAAGAGGAACAAGAAGAAAGACAACCAUCUCCUGAACCUGUGCAAGAAAAUGCUAACAGUGGUUACUAUGAGGCUCACCCUGUGACUAAUGGCAUAGAGGAGCCUUUGGAAGAAUCCUCUCAUGAACCUGAACCUGAGCCAGAAUCUGAAACAAAGACUGAAGAGCUGAAACCACAAGUGGAGGAGAAGAACUUAGAAGAACUAGAGGAGAAAUCUACUACUCCUCCUCCGGCAGAACCUGUUUCUCUGCCACAAGAACCACCAAAGCCAAGAGUCGAAGCUAAACCGGAAGUUCAAUCUCAGCCACCUCGUGUGCGUGAACAACGACCUAGAGAACGACCUGGUUUUCCUCCUAGAGGACCAAGACCAGGCAGAGGAGAUAUGGAACAGAAUGACUCUGACAACCGUAGAAUAAUUCGCUAUCCAGAUAGUCAUCAACUUUUUGUUGGUAACUUGCCACAUGAUAUUGAUGAAAAUGAGCUAAAGGAAUUCUUCAUGAGUUUUGGAAACGUUGUGGAACUUCGCAUCAAUACCAAGGGUGUUGGGGGAAAGCUUCCAAAUUUUGGUUUUGUGGUUUUUGAUGACUCUGAACCAGUUCAGAGAAUCUUAAUUGCGAAACCGAUUAUGUUUCGAGGGGAAGUACGUUUAAAUGUGGAAGAGAAAAAAACAAGAGCUGCAAGAGAGCGAGAAACCAGAGGUGGUGGUGAUGAUCGCAGGGAUAUUAGGCGCAAUGAUCGAGGUCCCGGUGGUCCACGUGGAAUUGUGGGUGGUGGAAUGAUGCGUGAUCGUGAUGGAAGAGGACCUCCUCCAAGGGGUGGCAUGGCACAGAAACUUGGCUCUGGAAGAGGAACCGGGCAAAUGGAGGGCCGCUUCACAGGACAGCGUCGCUGAAGCUCCACUGUUGGCAAAGUCUUGGCAGUGAUACAUUAUUCAUCGUGUUUGCAUUCUUGUUAAUUUUUUUUUUUGGCUUUGGAAUGUGACACAGCCUUUUUGAUCAUUUCUUUGAUGUGAAAAGCAUCUUUGGUUAUCAGUUAAAUUGAGGUGGACAUUAUUUCCCCAAUUUCACAACAGGAUUCACAUUGUUAAUUUAUAAAUCUAGACUUGGAGAAUUAAGGACUGAGAAAUGACCAUAUCUUAAACUAUCUACGACAAAGUGAACUUAAAAGGACAUGCCCACUGAAUUCAGGUCCUUUGAGUAAAAAAAAAAUCUUCUGCUGCACAUUUUGUUUAAGUGUUACUGUUUCUGCCUGUUAAUGUUGGGAACACAAAUAGUGCAAUUUGUGCAAUUGGAGAAUCUUGCCUUUUUUCUUGGCUCCCCCCAAAAAUACAAACCAACAGAAACUUGUUAUGCACUCAUCAAAAUGUACUAAUGGGUACUCUGAACUCAUUAACAUUGACAUCUGCAACAGGAGGCAACAGGGAAAAAAUCUUUCAUCUUCUUUUCCAGUAGAAAAUAGUUUGUGAAAUGAUGAGGGCAUUUUAUCUGCUUGCUGUGACCAGCGUGUGUACACAUAAACCUUAACAAGACUACAAGUAUAUUCCAGAAGGAAAUCAUUUUAGUUAUGAACUAAAUAAUAAAAAUUAGAACUUCAAAUGCGAUGGUCUUGACUAUUAGACCAGAUUUAGUAGCUCCAUAUCUAAGAUUUUUCUACCUGCCCCUCUUCAGUACAGGGAUGGCUGGCUGCUCAACACACUCCUCCUCCCCUUUUUUCCUUUCUUUAAGCUGUGUACAGUGAAAAUUGUCUUUACUGUAUUUUUGUUCUCUGGUAAUGUAAUAAGCAUGAUGGUGCCUUCUAUUAAUACAUCAUUCCAGUCUUGCUGGUAAUUUUGUACAGUAUAGUGUAUGAAUUGCUGUGCUGCAAAGCCAAACAGCUGCAAAAUGUUGAAAAAUCAUCGAAAUGUAUAAAAAUUGCAGUAUCUUUAAAAUCAGUAAAAUGGACUAGCAUAUUAUUUAUCUUGUUCUUCAGUUAACAACUUUGUGUUCUCUGUGGGAGGGAGGGAGUCCUGUGUGUUUGUGGGGAGAGGGAAGGAGGAAGUCAGUUAUUUGAGUAAGUCUCUGGUUGACUUUUCUCUUAGCCUGAAUGUGGACGUUGAAACGUAUCACUUCAGGGCUUGGAAAAGUCAGUCAACUUGACGUACAUUUUUAGUGACAUUUUAAAAGCAGUCAGAUUCUAUAAAUGGCAAGUAAGCCUGAAGUGAGGAUACUGCAAUUUUCGGAGAAAAGAACAGCAGCUCUUUAAGUGUUUGCAUUUUCUAUUUGGGGGGCAGGGAACUGUCAUUCAUUUUGCACAAUUCUUGAACUGAUGUCAGCACCCGAGUGGCUCCUGAAUUUAAGUCUGGGACGACAUCUUUUAUUUUUACAUGAAUCUUUAAACAAUUCUGUGAGCAAAGUUUGUAGCUGCUGGAUUAUUGUCUGUCUUUAUAGCAAGUUCCAGUAAACCACAAGUAUGGCAAAGCUUAUCCAAUUUUAUGCUUGGAGCAGUCAGUACAUACCAGUUUCUGAUGUUUCAGGCAGGAGUGGGGUAAAUAAGUGUGACCACUUAAAGCUGCUCGUUAGCAUGGAAGACUUCUCCAUUCUAUCUUUGUAAAACAGACAAGAUAUGCACUUGACAUACUAGCAAAUUGGUUCUGAAUUAUGCAACUGUUUGCUAUUUAGUAAACUAGCAAAUGAUGCAUGUAUUUUGUUUUUCAUGUACUGGGCAAUAUGAGUAAAAUCUGUCCCUUUUUCCCCCUUUGAAUGAGGUCUUCCAUGUUUGAGGGAAAGUCUUGCACUAUUGCAUAUAUUUUGGGGACACAGAUUUUCAUAGUUUCCAUUUCUGGGGGGCUUAAGGAUUUUUUUUUUUUUCUGUUUGAAACAGUUUUAUACUUUCUGAUAUAGUACUUGAAAUUCUUACCAGAAAAUUACUUUGGAGUUUUGAAGCCUUUAUUAAUACUACUUUUAAAGAAGCAGUUGUUUUAUUGUCAAUGUUUUUUUUCCCCCAAGCGUAUUUUCUUGUAUUUCUGUUUCCAUAUAUAUAUAUAUAUAUAUAUAUGUAAUUUCCAAUUCAGGAUAUUGCCCUGCCAUCCAUGAAAACUGUUCUGGCACCAAAAGUAAUGACAAAUGUUAAGUGUAAUAAUAGAAAAGUAGAGCAAAGAGCCAUUCAGCUUCAGUCUUUACAUACCAUGAAUAAAACAUUAAAACAUCAUAUGGAGAAGUUUACAUGGUGAUUGUUCACCUGCAGUACUGUGGACUUUUAACAUUUUGUCCUCUUCUCAGUGAAACAGAGUAAAAAUAUUCAUCUACCAUUACUGUUAUUUGCUGAUUUUGUUUUAUUUUUUGAUGGUAAUAUUCUAUCCUUAUGACACUAUUGCAACCAAAUUGGCUUUACCAUCUUGGCUUUAGUAGGUAUAGAAGACAAUGGAUUACCAUCUUUAUUGCUGUAAUGUGUUAAGCAUUAUAUGCUAGUAGAAUCUAGUUUAAUUGUUUCAGGUGGAAAGUAUUCUUUGAGUUUCCAUAUUGAAUGUGUUUGGACUAAACAAACAAUAAACUACUGAUGUCUGCAGCA